AGAAAAAGAAAAUGCUCUCUUCGAAAGCAAACGCGGCGCUGGCGCGCCUGAAAGAGAUUGAAGAAAAGUACAAGAGACGCAAGGAACAAAAAUGGAGAGAAGACGCGGAUAGCUCAAUAAGUAGCAUUUCGAUAGCUCUUUCGGAAAACCUCUCAGGAGAAUCAAAGGAAUUCCCAAAGAAAGUCGGAAAGAUCAAGCUUGACAUAAAAAUGCCAGAUACUCGAUUUGAAAGACACGCAGAGGAAAUGAAACUUUCGUUGAAAAGUGAGAAAUCGACGGACAAAGCGAGCACAAAAUCUUUCGAAGACGCUGCCGAGGUCGAUCUUGAUGCCACAAUGUCAUUAGAUGAUAAAUCGUCACGUUUCGCAAAAAAGCAAGAAAGUCCUAUCUCGGACAUAAUGAUAAUUCAGGAGAACAACUCGAUCGAAAGCGUGCUCGAUGACUCGGUGACAACGUCGAAAUCACUCUCACAUUCGAAAACAUCGCGGCGAAACGAUUCCAUAGCCUCCGGAUGUGAAGAGAAGACAACAGUGAGGUCCAAGAGAGAAAAGGAAUCUGACAAAUCAUCCGAAAUUUCAAGAGGAAAAGCGACAUCUCAUAAUUUGUCUAUCGCGAAGCGAUUGAGUUUAUCUAGGAAACAGAAUGAAAUUUCUAAAGCGCGUCUCGAUUUGCGAAAGCAUUCAAUCGAAGAUAAAACGAUCGCUAGAACGAUGAAAAAUACAAACUUUGCAAUUCAAAAUCGUUCAAAUAGUUCGGAAUCUUUGCACAACAGUAGCGUUAUCGAAGAGUCGAUCCGCAUGAUGGAGAACAGCAGUGAAAUUAUUUCGGAACUUUCUUACUCCGAAAAAAACAUGGCUAAAAUUGAUGAUGUUGAGUGUUCUAAACAUUUAACAGCAGAGAACACUUUUGCGUCGGUUUCAACUAGUUCAAAACGUCUGAUAACUGAAAACGGAUAUGCAAAUGACACCUUCGAGGACAUUUCGAGCUCGACCAUUCGAUCGAAAUCAAGAUCACAACGCGAGGAAAUAAUUAAUGAGAAGAAAAAUGUGAUUAAUAGAGUGAGAUCUAAUGCAAAGAAAAUCAAUAUUAAAGAAUAUCAGGACAGUGCUGAAACUUACAGAGAUGAACGAAUCAUUGAACUUGAUCUGACAUUGAAACCAAAUGCAACCAAGGUCGGUUCGAAAUCGUCAAACUAUGUCAGCGACGUCGAAAACAUCAUCGCGCAUCCAGAUAAUAUGACCGAGUACUCGAUAAAAUUGCCAAAAUCUGUCAGUUCGCGCUUGAGAAAUCAGAGAAGUUAUCAACAUCGAAAAAAGUCGUUUCGAGAUGAGAACACUUCAAGCGCCGCAAGUUCCAAUAAAAACAUAUCGGAUUCUUCGAAGUCGUCGACUGGCGACAUGACGAAGACAAACGAGAAGAAAAACUUCUCGAGGAUGACUACUGUCCAACAAGAAAGCAACCGGAAAGAGCGCGAGGAAGCAUCGAACAAAAUGAAUGAAUACUCGGUAAUAGAUGUCAUCAGAUUGCCGGUUGCUGCAGACGAUGAGGAUAGACUUAAAUCGGCGAAAUUUAAUUCAUUAUUAAAGAAGAGUGAAAAAGGAAAUGAGAAUAUUUCUGAAGAGAGUUUGGAUCAUCGGAUUUUACAGGAUGCUGAAUAUGUGCUGAGAAAAUUGCACAAAGAUGCAAUCAACGCGUUAGCCAAGAGACACGCGAACUCGAAAAGCGUAACAGAAGUGUUGGAAAGCCCUUCUGGCAGUAAAACUGAGUCUGAAAUCCGGAGUGCAUCGAAAACGAGAAAAAUGACGGCAAGAGACGAGAAUGAAAGUUACUACUCUACAGAGAAAGAUAGGAUAUCUAAUUGUAAUGAUUGUGAACAAAAUAACGUAAGGAAAAAGAAAAGAGAGAAAAUAAUGAAUAUAAAAUCAGCCGAAACUCGUAAUAGCACUAGAGAUAACGAAGAUAAGGCUUUGAAGUUUGACAGGAAACAAACGCUUAGACUUCGGAAGCGGUUUGUCGAACUGCGACUGCAGCAAGAACGAGAAGACCUCCAAAAAUAUCUACGUGAACUGAAGGACUCAAGACUAGAAUCGGGUUUUACUCAAAGCUAUUUCAGGCCUCUGGAUUUCCCGAAGAUUGCAGAAUUUACGCAGCCUGAUGUAAGCGAUUUCGAUUCGAAGCCGGAUGAUCAGCAUGUCGUACUCCGGGAGAGAAUUUUGGCAAUCAGACGUUGGUUGAAAGAUCAAUAUGUCUUGUAUCGUGACUACUGUACUAUGGCGCAAGCGAUCAAUGCCCACUAUGUUCCCACAACAUUGGAGGAUGCCAAAAAGACGAUACACGAGCUUAGAAAAACGACGAUUGAAAGGUGACGUCGAUGUGCCCACCUGAGACGCGUAGUUAGACCGCACGCGACUCGUUGAAGCUAUUUAUGACAGGUGUCAGAUUUACAUACUUAGAAAUCGUGAGUAAUAGAAAUUUACUAAUUAUUUUUUAUUAAGCUGCGAUUAUUUUGCACGUGUUUCUUUUGUAUAACAUGGAAAAUCAUGUAACACGAAUUACAUAAUUAUUGUUAAGUUUUUCCUGCAUUGCCCAAUAAGCAUUAGCUUUUUCACAUUAUAUCAAUCGCGAAAUAAAUGUGCAUACUUAAGAAACAUAUGCUGUAUAACUUUAACGCAAUUUUACUUGAGGCUGGAAAUAUUUUCUUUUUUUAAUUAGCCUUUUUACGCGAUAGGAUCCAUAUCUGAUAGCAGUUUUCUUAAUGAAAUCAAAACUAUGGUUUCUCCUUUAUGCAAUUACUAAGCUGUGCAAUAUAUUCGCGCUUCCGGCGUGUUGUACGAGUAUGUUGUGAAAUUUUGUGAAAAUCAUUCGCACAUUGCUCAUUCCUAUAUGAAUUACAGAAUGAAAUAAAAUUGCGACACAAAAAG